AUGUAUGUUUUAGGUCCCAAUUUCUGGGGUCUGGUGAACCCCGAUUGGACCCUGUGCUCUCAAGGAAAGUAUCAGUCCCCUAUCGACAUUGAUCCCAGAUCUUUGCUGUAUGACCCUAAUCUCAGGCCAUUUAAUCUGACAAGAAACAGGGUCUCCGGAGUUAUUGUGAACACAGGCCACGAACUCAAACUCAAUAUCGAGAGCGACGAGGAGAUGGGGCAAAGCGCGGUAGUCACUGGUGGCCCACUCACAUACAAAUACCGGCUGCAUCACCUAUCCAUACAUUUCGGCAAAAAGGAUUAUUUUGGCUCCGAGCAUCUUGUUAAUGGGACAUCAUUUCCAUUAGAACUCCAACUCGUUGCCUACAACGAAGACUUAUUUCCUGAUUAUGAGCACGCAAAGUUGUCCAGCUUUGGCGUCACCAUUAUUAGUUUGUUAGGACAGCUGAAUUCCACAAGCAAUAUUUACCUGGAUCGGAUAAUACGGCACGCCGCAAACGUGAGAUAUAAAGGUAACUCUAUUAACAUCACGGACGUGUUUCUUGGCGGCUUAUUACCCAACACAAAACAUUAUCUCACCUACGAGGGUUCUUUAACACAUCCGGGCUGUCAAGAAGUGGUCACGUGGAUCAUCGUUAACAAACCCUUGUACAUUUCUAAAGACCAGCUUGCAGUGCUGCGAAGCAUAUACAAAGUUGAAGACGAAAAAGAUCGCAGCCGUAUGCAAAACAACUUCCGUCCUGCCAUGCCGUUAAACAACCGAACAGUGCGAACCAAUAUUUUACCUUCCUCACAGAGUAAACAGUGUCGGCCAAAGAAACUGUUGUCAUAUGAAGUUAAUGGGCGUUUUCUAGAGAGAUGAAAGUAAGACAGGAUCUGUGGCUAGCAUUGAUGUACGGUGCGUACCGCGUCUUCCAGUAAGGUCGAAAAUCCUAUGCAACGGCUUGCUUUAAUUGGCUGUUCUAUUCCACCUGGGCUUUGUGACGGGCCUGCCUUGAAGUGGUAGAGGAACAAUACCUACCUUCCUCUGGUUCCCUGAUUGCUUUCAUUGGAAUUACUGAAUGUCCAGGAAGGAAGUGCAUGCACUGUAAUGUGCCUUCACACCUGAGUAACGGAAGUAGCUGCCCCAUAUUGGACAUGAGCUGGAGACUCGAACAAUAACAGAAAUCAUUGGAUUGCGGUCUGAAGAAAAUUCUUCGCGAUUUGCAGGAAACGAAAACUGGAAGGCAAGAAUGAGGCUACCCUUUGAAGAUUUCACCAAACUGUGAUCUUAAAUGACCCGUCGGAGAAUCGAGUGUCUGAACGGCCGUUGUGAUGGAAAGCGAUAUAAUCAGACGGGAAGUUCGAUAGAUAAAUCUUCAGCAGAGUUGACAACCUCCGAGCCUUAAUGUGAUCGCACCUCCGCUUCGUGCCAUUUUAAACAAAUGUGGAAAUUACUGUCAAAAACUAAAAACAGGUUUUCACAUGUUACAAACAUCAUAAGCAUUGACUUUGCUUGGAAUCCAUUGCCACUGGUUGUGGGAGAACGCAAGUGGACAGCACAGGAACUGUACCCAUAUGUUCAGUGAACACCCAUGACUUCAAAAACGUUCGGGAAAUUCCCCUUGUGAACUUACGCGAAGAUAUUCACAAUGCGAAGUGGUGAUAAUCUGUUUUAUGAACCCAUACGUUCGAUUUUUAUUGAAUUUGACGUAACGUCUUAUUCAAAGAAUCCCUUUUUUCCACAACCUUCUGAUAAAUGUAUCGAUUGAAACCAUAAAAUACUGUGCUACAGCGGCUUUAAGAUUGGAUGAAGUAACUCUGGCCAGGGGAGCAUUAUCCUUUGCUAAUUCAGGUUCGAUAUCAACCGAAAGACGAUCCAAGGGUUCAUGUGACAUUGAAACUGUUUCCGUAUAAUGUAAAAAUGAUACACCAGUCUUCACCAGCAACACUUCGACAUGGCUUUAUUAAAUUAU